GCCUAUGCAGCGCUCUGUUCACAACACUUUCAGCUCUCCUGGAGCAGCGUGAUAAGUCUGUUAACUCAUUAACACCUCCAGCUUACAGGAGACUUGGCUUCCAGCCCCUUCAGCAGCUCCAGGCUCCCCGUUCCAGGAAGUUUUUUCUGCAGUUUCUGUUUUGGUUUCUUUUCCUGCUGAGCCAGGAAAAGGUGGCAGCUCCCACCAUGAAGCUGCUGAAGGCUGCUGUGAUUUUUGUUCUUGCGCCCACUCUGUCACCGGCUUUUGACCCUCUCAGCGCUUCGGUGGUUGCGGGAGGCGCUCUCAUGGCUUGGCACCUCUUGUCCUCCGACUCCUGGCUCAGGUGCCGCUUCCAGGAGUGCUGCAAAAGGAACAGCACUGUGAAUUUCACGGCGCUGAAGGCGCAGCUGGACAACAGGCUCUUCGGGCAGCACCUGGCCAAGGACGUGGUGCUGAAGGCGGUGCUGGGCUUCAGCAACAACCCCAGCCCCAAGAAGCCGCUGAUGCUGUCGCUGCACGGCUGGGCCGGCACCGGCAAGAAUUACCUCAGCCAGAUCCUGGCGGAGCAGGUGCACCCCGCCGGCCUGCGCAGCAAGUUCGUGCAUCUCUUCCUGGCCACCCUGCACUUCCCCCACCACGACCAGGUCAAGCUGUACAAGGAACAGCUGCAGAACUGGAUUCGAGGCAAUGUCAGUGCCUGUCCCUCCUCUGUCUUCAUUUUUGAUGAGAUGGACAAAAUGCAUCCAGGAGUCAUUGAUGCCAUCAAGCCCUUCUUAGACUAUUAUGAGGAGGUUGAUGGGGUGUCUUACAGGAAAGCCAUCUUCAUCUUCCUCAGCAAUGCAGGUGGUGAUUUAAUUAACAAAGCAGCUCUUGACUUCUGGGCAAGUGGAAAGCGCAGGGAAGAUAUUCAGCUGAAAGACCUGGAGCCCUUGCUCUCUAUAGGAGUCUUCAACAACAAGAAUAGUGGGCUGUGGCACAGCAGCAUCAUUGACAGGAACCUGAUUGAUUACUUUGUCCCUUUCCUGCCCCUGGAGCAAAGGCACGUGAAGAUGUGUGUGAGGGCUGAAAUGGCAGCCCGUGGCUAUGCUGUGGAUGAGAAGAUUGUUCAGGAGGUGGCAGAUGAGAUGACCUAUUUCCCCAAGGAGCAGAGGAUCUACUCUGAUAAAGGCUGCAAGACUGUGCAGGCCAAGCUGGAUAUUCAUGAAGACUUUGUGAUGAGAGAUACGAACACCAGGGCUUGAUUUCCACUCUGUCUCCACAGCACUUUUGGAGCUUUUGGAAAUCUGUGUAUUUGCACUUACACUUUUUUACUGUUGCAGGGAGUAUGGUGAAAAUACCAGAGUGAGCUGUGUGGGCUUUGUAGCUUGUGUGUUU